GAAAUUUCCCUCACGCUUCGUGCAUCUUUGCAACGACGCCCGGCGAUCGAUAUGCGCCUUGUUCCUGCCGCGCUCUGCGCAACGCUGAGCCUAAUACCGGUUGUAUCCUCAGCAUUCACCGAGCCGAGCUCAGACAAUGCGGACCUCGUGCAAAGCUGGCUCGUUGGAGACACGAUGCACAUCGCCUGGGAAAAGGGUUGGAAUUGGGGUGUUGGAUCGCAGCCAGAUCUCGUCGACCUGUUCAUAACAUGGUUCCACGAUGAGGACUAUGACAACCCCUUCUGGAAAGUGCUCCAGGCAAACAUAUCCAUGGACAACCCUGGGAACUUCGACUGGAAAGUGGAUCUAGACGACAGUGUUAUCGCCGCGUCGAAGCAAUAUCAUUUCAGACUCAUCGAGCACACGAAUCCGCCUAUUUAUACAACCGAAAGACCGAGGCUUCCGAGUAGAGCAUUCUACCUGUAUCCUAAUUCGGCGGCUAGCGUCUCGUCGGCGGCGGCAUUGUCUACAGCGAUACAGUCGGCUGCAACCAGCCCUUCUCCGAGUGGCGAAGCGCAACCGCCAGCUCCAGGUAAGUCGUCCAGCAAUGUCGGGGCAAUCGCUGGUGGCGUGGUGGGCGGGUUAGCGGGGCUUACGCUGCUGUGUGGUAUUGCAUUGCUGCUACUGAGGCGCGUAAAGCGGAAAAGAAAGGCCGAGGAAGAUGGGGUGCGCAAAGUUGUCGAAGGGGCCUGGAUGGAGGAGGCGAAAGUAGGAAAUCCACAAGUAUACGCUGAGAUGGGGACGGGCCCUCCCCCUGAGCUGGAUGGCUCUAAGCAUGCGCAUGAUCGGCCAACCACUGAGCUUGAAGGCUCAACACCAAGAGAUUGGCAUUGAGUCUUUGGCGGAUAAGGGAGAGAUCGGAAAUAUGCACAGCUUGCUACGUAAUAAACAGUCAAGGAUUGCAACCGAAUGGCACGGGGAGAUCAUUUACUGGUUAAGAUAGAUUCGCCAUGGGGCCGAGCGAGCAGUAGGAG